AUGGCGACCGCUCCGCAAGGUCGGUCUACUGCCUUGGAGCUUGAUUCACGACAUUCACGUCCUUGUUACAGCUAUUUUCUACCUUUUAUCUUCUUUGCAGGUGUCUUAGCUACAUGUUUGACUUUUUUACUAAGUGAUUGGGAACCUCUAGACUACAAUAAUAUUGGUCAUGUCAAGUCCAUGGAUUUCUUAUCGUAUGGGCCCAUUGAUGUUGUAUACACAUGGGUUAAUGGCACAGAUCCACGAUGGAAGAAAGAAAAAGUAUUUUGGCAUAAACAUUGGAUUGCAUCACUUACGGGUCAACCCUUGCCCGUAUGGGGACAAGAAGAUAUCGAGAAUAUACGAGGAAAGGAUGAUUCGAACUCGGACAAUCGAUUUCGUGAUAAUGAGGAAUUACGUUAUUCUCUGCGUUCAUUGGAGAAAUAUGCACCUUGGAUACGUCAUGUUUACGUGGUAACCGAUGGACAAAUUCCAUCGUGGCUUGAUAUUGAAUCACCGAAAAUUAGUAUCGUCAAGCAUGAGACGAUUUUCUUAAACAAGAGUCAUUUGCCAGUUUUUUCUUCCCCUGCUAUUGAAUGGAAUUUAGAUAAUAUUCCAGGACUGAGUGAUAUGUUUCUUUACUUUAAUGAUGACGUGUUCUUGGGCUCGCCUGUAAGACCGGAAGAUUUUGUAAGCCAAGCAGGUGUGCAAAAAGUCUAUCUUGCAUGGGAGGUUCCACUUUGUGCUGAUAGAUGCUUUGAGACAAGUCUUGCUAAUGGAAGGUGUGACAAGGAGUGCAAUGUCACGGCAUGUGAUUUUGAUAUGGGCGACUGUGGCUGUGACGUUAAUCCACUGGAUGGAGCGCUGACGUGUGAUGCAGAAAAGGUUGCUACGAUUUUGGAACAUUUACCAAAACCCGUGAAACUUGGUGACCAUUUGUGUCAAGGAGUGUGUAAUUAUCAAUGGCUGGGGAACGGAGUGUGUGAUAUUGCCUGCAAUGUCAGUUCCUGUGCGUUUGAUGGAGGGGAUUGCAAAGCGGCGAAACCAGUGUACAAUCAAUACUCCCGCACUGUGACUCCUGACGAUGAUGAUGAUGACGAUGAGGAAGAUGAGGAAGGGAAAGACGAUGAAUUAUCACCAUUUGUAAAGGAACUUUGGUCGGCGGAUGUGGCGGCAAACCAUACGCUCGUGAAGGUGCCGUUGAAUGUAAAUGCUACGUACCUGAACCUUACAGAUGCGUUUGGUGUUAACGGUAGUAUCUGGACUGCUGCACAUGACAAUGAAAUAUUGAUUCGAUUCGCAUCAGUGCACGAGGCGGAGCUGGUUUUGUUGCUUGUGUUUGGCCGCGACAGAGACGCGAACCCAAUGACAAGCAGCGCUCAGAUAUCUGUUGUCGGUGAGGAUGCGGAAGGAAAUUAUGUUUGCCUGGAGUUCUCAAUAGUGCGAGGAAAUGAUCAGAUUGAGGAGUCUCUUGGCCCUGCGCAAGUGAGUUACGCUCGAGCAAAUCUUGGAGGAGUGUUUACUUUCCAGAAUACCAGCAUCCAGCCACCUCGUAUACGUCUACCUUUUGGUUUUCGGCAAGUUGCCUUUCGUAUGGUGUUUCCGCCCGACACCAAGGACAUGGAGCACGUCACAACAAUAUUAGAGAAUGAGAAGGCCUUUCCAAACUUGUCGAUUGAAGACAAACAUGCUACGGCCGCUGACAAGUUCUCUAGCAACGUGCCGCUGCUAGAGAUUUUCCUACCAUUCGAUACCUCUGGGAAAAAACUUGGUGAUGGAGAUAUUGUUAACCUUGGCUGGCACGUGGAUUUGCGUCUACACAACGAAGAGAAGGAUAUUGACUGGAGUGAACACGACAUUUGUCAAGUUCAGGUCCCGAAGAAGCCAGAGGUAUCAACUACGGCUUCUGCUGCCGUGUAUAGUCAGAAAACUAGCAGAAAGGCUGCGGUCGGUGGUAGCAAACACGGUUAUUCAAUUGAUUGGACAAACACUGACAAUGAUGUUGUUCCAAUUAUUGGCACUGCCAUUGAAAUGAUGAAUGAUGAGAAUGCCUUUGAGCAGAAAAAUGCAAAGCAGAACGGUGAACAUAGUGAAGGAGGGUUGGACGAGGAUACGGGAGCAGAAGACUUGGAAACAGAUGACGGGAUCGCCAAAUGCCGUCUUAAUGAAGAGCAGAGUGGCGUCUUUGUCACUUUCCAGGUGCUCCCAGACCGUGCAUACACCGUAUUCUCGGCAGCUGCGACCGAUAGCGGGCUUGACGGUGAGGACAUUAAGACAGACGCACCUCAAGCCGUGGAAAUUAGUAGCACUCGCAAUGCUGCUGCUUCAACCAACAGCGAUAUGGACAAGUCAAUGGACGGUUGGAAGAUAAGUCCGCAGGUGGCCGACGGACAAAUAUGCUUUUAUGACACAGGUCGUGAUGACCCAACACGUUACCGUUACUGCUUUGGUUUAGCCAUGGGAUACUUCCACUCGGAAGAAGUGGAGUUGGUGCACAAGCCAACAAUUUGGGCUUUGCUGCAUCCGCCCAAACCGAAGGUGAUCUAUACACCUUACAUGGAAGAUAAUCCGGCUUUGAUUGAGCUGUCAGGCGGAUGCAUUGAUACCGCUACACGGUUCAUUGGAAUCCAGCCUCAAAUUUGCUACCCGAAUGAAAUACCUGUCCUACGCUUGCCUGUCAAGGAUGAAACGAAGGUGGACUUACGACAACAGCAAGAAGAAGAAGGCCGUCAACUUGCGUGCGAAGCUCAGAAACGGCGCUUGGCGCAGCGUGAACUCAAGGAACAUGAGGCUCGAGCCAGUGAUGGACUUCUCGGCAGAUUGGUCCGUUAUAUCCGAAGCAUCAGCCUUGCAGUCGGUUUUGGGCCUGUGAUGCCUGCAGAUGAUGACAGCUUGGAGUACAUUGAGUACGCGGACGUCUGCAGCCGAUUACCUGUCGCAGCUGAGGAGAAGUCUGAGACAAACGUGCAGGCUCAGCUGUCCGUGGACACCUUCGGAGAUUCGCUACGUUAUGUAAACCAACUGUACAAUCGUGUUUUUGGCAAACCCAAGACACCAGGCCGACGCCGUGUACCAUCACACAUGCCAUUCUUGCUGCAGAAGUCGAUCAUUCGUGAAAUUAAGGACUAUUGGACAAAGGAAGUUCACGAUACGUCGGCACAUCGCUUUCGCCACCCGCAAGAUAUGCAAUUCAGCUUUUCGUACUUCCAUUAUUUGAUCAAUCGCGCAAAGAUUCACCCACACACGCUGGAAGAGAUCUGGCGUGAGUACUUGGAUGUCAACCUGAAUGGUAUUCUGGAUGAGAACGAGGUGUUGACUGCCGCUAGUCUUGCACACGGAGAUGCACCCCCUGCAAAUUUUGUGACAGAAGUGCGUGAGUGCAUACAGUCAGAAAAGCGCGUGAAGGUGCGUGAGAUCCCAACGGCCGAGGGUACGCUGAGACUUAGUGAGACACUGACACCGCAUAUUACGCUAGAAAAUCUUGAGCAAUGCCCUAAGAUACGCGAUGCUUUAAUCAGAAAUGUACGGUACGAAUCGAAGGUGGAGCUGAUGCCUGAAAUUGAGGUGACGUUCCACAUGCUGAGCGACGAUUACAGCUUUGCGUGGAAGCAGAUGAUGGGCACACGUGCUCGACGCACCAAGUUCGUUUGCAUUAAUGACGACAUGAGGUUCCCGUCGACAGCGGUGAGCCAGAUCCUGCACGAGCUCUUUCUGUCCAUUUGGCCCAAGCGCUCGCAGUUUGAGCUGCCGUAUCACCUCAAGAACCGUUACGCACACAUUGACGAGUACAAUACCGCACAGGAGCGCCGACAAGUUGCUGUUUGGAUUGCACUGAUGAUCAUACUGCUUGUGGCUUUUACCUUUCGUGCCGGGCUUCGUGCAGUGCUUGGUUUCCAGAAUAUUGCAUGCGCACGAGCUGCGUCUGCGUCCCAACUUGCCCAGGACUACCAGAAAGGGGACGAGCCGCACUUGCCUACUGGUACCAAAAGCGAAUAA